GCUGGGAGAGGGAACAAACGUCUAACCUCAAUGCUUGAAAUACAUUUUUAAUAUUUGUCUACUUGUCGUUUAUUUUCGUUGUCUAAAAAUGAAGUGCCUUCCCACCGGAUUCAUCCUUAAAAGUGCCUUAUUUUCCUUAUUGCUCACCUUUCAAUUGAUCUAUGGAACGCGGUCCCGGUAUAACCAGGGGUAUAACAUGUUCCAGGGAAGCGCAUACUCUGGCUCAGAACAAAGACAAAGGAAUAAAAACUGGUGCGCAUACGUUGUGCACAAGAACGUGAGCUGUGCGGUCGUGGGGGGUAUGGAGAGCUUUGUGCAGCCGGAGUCAGCGCCUUGCCGGAAGCAUCAGCCCAACUGCGCGCAACAAGUGAUGUAUCGGAUCCAAUUCCGCCCCAUGUAUAAGGUUGGCUAUAAGCUGGUGACAGAGCUGGAGUGGAGGUGCUGUCCAGGUCACCAGGGUCAAGACUGCAAAGACUUGAAAGGCAUCCCAUCCAGUCAGACAGUGCUGGGGCCUCGGCCCACCCUGCCUCCUGCCCCAGAGACACAGGACCCGGGACAGCAGGCAUGGGGUCAGAGUGGCCACCCCUGGGGGGCAGGGAGGCAGCCAGGAGGUCCGACGGGCCAAGAGCCGGCAGGGGGCCAGGGAGGGAGUCAGACGACACAGCAGCUGGAGGAGGUGGUACAGCGUCUGUCCCAGCAGAUUCUAGACAUACAGUCAGCCAUGACCAGCAUGUCGGCCAACCUGAGGGUGGACCUGCAGGAGGACGCCAGCAAGAUGCUGGUCACGCUGCUCAACGUCUUGCGGCAGCCAGACCGCGUGCGUGGGGAGCAGCAGAGCAUGCUGCUGCAUGGCCUUUCACUGGAAAAAGAAUACAACACGGUGGACAUUGACAAGUUCACGAGCAAGAUCAACCACCUCACCGACACCAUAAACACCAAGAGCAAUGUACUGGACGACCUCCAAGCCAGAGUCAACCACCAUGACGGACAGCUCCACCUGCUAAUGGAGGCCAGUCCGGCCUCACCCCCUCCCUCUCCUCCGGCCAAUGAUGCGACCCUGCGCGCCUAUGUGGACACAAAGUUCCACGCCCUGAAGGACGAGAUGAUGGAGGGCAUGGAGAUCAAGAUGGCAGACCUGAAGAACUCAUGUGACUAUAAGAUCCUGUCGGUGCAGGAGCAGUGUGCGGGCCAGGAGAACAGCUACCGGAGCCUGACCGAGCUCCUCGAGUCCAAGGAGAUGAACCUCCGCAAGGAGAUCCAGGACUUCAAGAACCAGCUGCCUAAUUCACAGAGGGGAGACGGAACCCCUCCAGGGGUGGAGGAGCUGCGAAAGGAGCUGUUCCGAGUCGCUGAGGCCCAGCUGAUCCUCCAGUCCAGCCUAGAGAAGAAGUCCAAGCCUGACCCACUCCUGCCCCGUGUGGAAGAGCUGCAGGCCCGUCUCAACAUGUCGGAGAGGAGCGAGAAGGUGCGCAGCCUCUUCCUAGAGGAGAAGCUGAGGAGAGAGGGGGCGGAGGGGGCCGCAGACCUGAAGAAGGCUAUGGAGGACAGGAUGAGCUCCAUGGAGGACCGGGUCACCACUCUACUGGUGGAGAUAAGCAGCCCUGUAUCUGGGGCGCAGACUGCGCUAGAGGCACUGCAGAGUGCUCAGGCUCUGGAAGACAGACUCAAUUCCCUAGAACAGCGGUGCUCUACAGAGUGCAAGUCUGACCAACCGGCCAUAGAGCGCAUUCAACAGAACCUCCGGGUCUACAGAACUAGCCUAGACACAAUUCAGUCUAACAUCAAUGGGCAUUCAGCUAGUCUUGCAUACAUGGAAGAGUUUGUCCAAGGGCAGCUCCUGAACCAUACCGCCAGUCUUACAGAUGUGCAGGAAGAACUAGGAGCUCUUAAAGAACGUAUUGGAGGACAGCAGGGUUCUCUGUCAGCCUUGGGUCUCUCUCUUAGCCAGCAGUCACUGGAGCUCCAGGGGCAGCUUCUGAACCACAGUGCCAGCCUUACAGGCGUGGAAGAAGCGCUAGGAGCUCUCAGUGGGCGUAUGGGAGUACAGAAGGGCUCUCUGUCAGACUUGGGUAUCUCUCUCAGUGAUAAUCUUAAAGAUGUGCAGGAAGAGCUGGGAGCUCUUAGUGGGCGUAUGGGAAAGCAGGAGGGUUCUCUGUCGGCCCUGGGUCUCUCUCUCAGCCAGCAGUCCCUGGAGCUCCAGCAACUGAACACCUGUUGCCUGAGCAGUGCAGGGCCAGCCCAGGAGGCCAAGGGCCUGCUACAGCUCUACCUGACCCAGAGAGAGGAGCUGAGGGCCAGGCUGGAGGAGCCGGACAAGGAGGUGAAGGCUGAGGCAGACCACUGCAGGAACAGGACCGAGGGCGUAGCUCUGGACGUUGCCAGCAUGGACAGCCGGGUUUCCAGCUUGGAGAACAUGUGUGGUAGGCUGGAACCCAUCUCCAGCAGCCUGCACAGGAUCAAGGAGGGGCUGAACAAGCAUGUGACCGGCUUGUGGAACUGCAUCAACCAGAUCAAUGGCACCCUGCAAGCCCAUACCAAGGACAUCAGAGGACUGAAGGGAACAUACCAGAACCUCCAGGACCACUACUCAGGUAUCACCCAGGCCCUACAUCAUCUGACCACCAGUCCUGAGAACAGUGGUAAGACUUGACAUUGAGAUUGACAACUUUGCUUGCUUAAAAUUUGCAUGAUUAUUCCAACACUCCAGGUUAUAUCUCCCAUAUGUUCUUAAACCUACA